AUGAGUUUUUAUUACCUGGUGACUUCUUCUGCAUGCUUCAGGAAAAUUAUGAAAAUCCAAGUGUUAGCUGAACAUGAGAAAAAAAUUCAAACUGAGGUGAAAGAAAUCUGGAAGGUGUUUUAUUGUGAACUCUGCAACAAGCAAUACAAAUUAGUAAUGGAAUUUGAAGCACACUUGAGCUCUUAUGAUCAUAAUAACAGGAAGGAAAUGCAUGAGUCUGGCUCUACACCAGUUUCAAUUUCCUCUGAAUCUAGGACUGUUAUUGCUCUAAUAGACCAGGAGCAGCGAAAUACUUUGAAGUUCAGGUUUUCUUCUAAAGGAUUUGCUUCCAAGCUCAUGAUGAUUUGUUCAAAUUCAAGUCUUAACCGUUUCAACCCUGCCAACCCAGUACUCGCUUAG